UAUGAAUGAUAAAUUCGAUUGACACGCCGAUGACACAAUGACUAUGUCAUUAUUUUUAGAUACGGUUUUCAGAAGAAAAUGCAGUGAAUAGAGAAAAAAGAAAAAAGAACAUUCUUUUCGAACUUUAAAAAAAGGUUUCGCUUCUAUAAAUUUACGCCACAUAACUGUGUUGACACUUGAUACUGCUGAAGUAUAAUUCACAACGUGAUAAUUAUAUUCAUUGGACUGGAACGUUAUUUUCUUGACGUUUCUUGUCAAAAUCAGUUUCUUUCACAAAUUCGUUUAUUAUUCAUGUUGUCGCUUUAUUUAUACGCAGAUUGAGAAAAACUCUAAUUAGAACAAACUUUUGCUUUUUCGACACAUUCAAACUUUUGUCCGCUUGAUGCAGAAAAUAAAAUGACUUCAGUUGAAACAGCUUUUGUGGAAUUACCUUUUAAAGACGCAAUACAUCAUUAUGAUAAGAAUGUUCUCGGUAAAAAUGUUGCUAUAAAUAAAAAAGUCGAAUAUGCAAAAAAAAGAAGCUGUAGGAAACGCAACAGAAGCGACAUGUCACCCGAAGAAUUAAAAAGAUUGCGCGAAAGAGAAAGAAAGGCGCAACAGAGCAGAAGAGACAGAAUCCGUGCUCAAAAAAAAAUAGUUAACGGUUGGCAUAACGACGACGCUGCAUGGGAAGCAUUUUUAAAUCAAAGUGAAGCUAAAAAGAAAGCAAAAACGUCAGAAAUUCCAACAAUGGUGUCUGAUCAAAUUGAGUACAGAGAUGAGGCAGAUGGAGAUGAAGAUGAAGGUAAUAGAGAUUUUGUUAAAUCUACGCCAGAUGGUCCUCCACCUCUCAUUAAUGGAUAUUUGAAAGAGCAGGUAAUAAACCCUAAAAUUGAAAGAAAUGGUUCUUUCUAUAAAUCUGAGUUAAACAUUGAGAAAAAAAUGCUUCGAGAUAUUGAUUCCAACUCUAGCACUGGUAGUCAUCAUAGUGAAUUAAAUACAGGUAAUCAACUAAACGAAUCUGUUGCGUAUAGCUCAGAUGAAAAUUCUUCACUUGGUGAAAAAGACGGCAAUAAAAAAUUAAGCCAUCGGUAUUUUCUUCCAUCAGACGAAUUAGAAAAACUUCGAAAACGAGAGCGAGACGCAAAGAGAAAACAACGUGAAAAGCAGAGACUUGCAAAAGGAAGAGAAGAUCAAAAUGGGAGUUUAGAUUGUAUCAAUCCUGCUUCAAACGACUCUAAACACGAAGAAAAGAUAGAGUUAAAAGAAAACAAUUGUAAUGGCACCCAAUCUCCCAGUUAUAAGCUAAGUCCUCAUUCUUCCCCCGAAGAGAAGUACACUUCUCCAAACGAAAAUGGUUUUGUAGCCCCUUUUCGAACUCGUAUUUCUUCACCAGACGGACAUCGAUUAUCAAGUUCAUUUUACCCUUUACGCGAUAAUUAUCAUAUUUCAACUUCUCGACAUUUCAUUAGCAGAAAUUAUUCGGAUGCUCAAUACAGUUAUCAUAACGAAGACCACACAACUCAAGACGACUCAAGGCUCUACCAUUCCACGCACUAUGGAACAUUGAACUCACCAGAAAAAUAUCAUAAUGAUGAAAAAAAUGCAUUGGAAGCUACUGCUGAAAAGAAAAGAAUGAUCAGUAGGAAUGUUGAUAGAAAGAAGCUUUCUGAAGAAGAACUAGAAGAUUUAAGAAGGAGAGAGCGCGAUUAUCAAAGAGAGAGACGUGCAAGAAUAAGAAUGGAAAAGGCCAAGUCCCAGGUAAAUCAUGAUGCAUAUGAUAAUAAAAACUCUCUUGCUCAAUACUAUCUUUCUCCUCGUUUCUAUCAUUCUCAUUCAACAAAUACAUCUGAUGAAACUUUGCAUCAAGCAAAUGCUCGGAAAGAUAAAUCAUAUUCAGGGAGUACAAAAAAUGAAAAUAUACAUGAAGUUAUCGAAGACGCCAAUAAAAGUUUUGAUGAGCGAUACAUUCGAACUCAUUCCCCCUUUGAUUGUCAUUUGAACGGCUAUGAUAAGCACUUCAAAGAAAAUCAAAUGAGUGACAGACGCUUUGAUGAAAACCGCUUAAAUGGUAACAUAUUGGCUGCUGAACUUUCUGCUGAACACAUCAAGAAGAAAAACGAUACUAAUGGUGAAGCGGGAUUGUUACAGGUUGUUCCAAAAGCACGUGAUAAUGAAUUUAUUAAAAGAAACGAUUCACAUGCAUAUAAGCUGCCUCCAAAUAUUAAUGGAACAAAUUUUAUGAGUAAUGCAAAGAAAAGUCUUUUGGAAGAUAUAUGCUCUACCUUAAAUAAAGAAUCAUUUAAACAACUUCAGAACAACGAGGAUGAUGAUCGACUGAUCAUAGUUCAGCCAAAUAUUGAAAGCUCUUCUCCGUUCAUUGAUUUUCACGAACAGUUUGCUAAAGAAGUGAAACGUGAAGUGUUAAACGAAAGUUUCAGAAACUCACCUCCUCACGAUAUAAGUGCUGUUGUGGAUCAGUUAGAAAGACGAAGAAGAUCUAACCGAGAAGCUCAAAGGCGAAGAAGAGCCCGUUUAAAGAUGCAGGGAAUUCCCGAUGAGCAAAAUCAAUCUCCUCCGCAAAAAGAUAAACAAUUAGAUUCCACUGACAUCCGAGGAUGUCGCGUUAAAAUAACUCCAAGAGUAGACUGGCAUGAACAAUCUGGUUACUCUUUAAAACAAGAAUACAGGUAUGAAACGCUACCUCAUUACAAUCACGACAUACGCCACGAUUAUCAUUUUCAUUAUCCAACACACAAUGCGCAUCGACAUCAAUAUUAUCAUGAGCCGGCGUAUAUUUCCGAUGAAUAUUCACGUAAUAGAAUUUGCUACGAAAACAACGUUAAAUGUUUAAAAGACAAAAUGAUAAGCAGGUUUCUUACCAGCAGAGAUCAUAUAGAAGCUCCUCGUUCACCUCCAAGAAUAAAAAAAGAUACUCCGCCCUCGCCUCUCAGAAUAAAAAAAGAAGAGAUCGAAUCUUUAGGAAAAAAUAGCCGGAAAAGAAAACAAAUUGUACCUAGGAAAGUUAUUUUAUCAUCUGACAAUUCAACUGAAGAAGACAUUGAUAUUUGUUCUGUAGAUAAUAGUUCAUCGAAUUUCUAACAAAAUUAAUUUUCAUUUUGUAAAUUUUUGCUAAUAGUAGUUUUAUUUUUGG